UAUCUGCUGGGACUUCCUGUCCCACCCACAUUCUCGUGUCGCUUCCGGGUGGCCGCACAAGAUUCAUCUAGCGAGUCGUCGUUAUCUCAACGCUGUAAACAAAAGUUACUAAACGGUUUAGCUCCCGCGACACAUUAAAGGAAAAGACAUGCAUAUCAAAACAGGUACAUGGGAAGCCAGCAACAGUGUGUGUGAGUCUGAUACCCUGUGUGACCCAGCAGUCCUUGUUUCAGCCACUAACUCUGAGCCACACAUUCGUAACCGCCGCCUGUCCCCUGGCUCAGGAAACUGUGGAGGCGGUGGGGGUGGAGGCUGCAUCUCAGGAGGUGACCAGCAACCCCGGCAGCUUUCACCUGAAGGUGACCUGAUUGGACCUGGUCACACACACGCCUUCAGCUUCCGCAGGGAAAAAGAACGCAAGGGUCAGCAGCACAAAGGGCGCAGCCUCCGUAGGGAAAGUCAGAAGGGGGUCAGCCGAGUAAGUGAGCGGCCACAAAAGGUUAAUCAAAAGGAAAGGUGGGUGGAGGACAGUCUGUCACUGCUCAAGCCCCCUCCUGCCUUCCCAGUGCAGGACAGCCCCGCCAAGCUGCAGCCUGCUGUCAGCUACGCUUCCAAGGUGAAAUCUGGAGCAGCAGGUGGAGUGCUGGAGGAGGACCGCCCCGCCAUUGGUGUGCUGCUACAGAACCAGUGGGGUCUCAGUUUCAUCAGUGAGGUGAGGCCAGUCACAGAGAGCACCAGCCCUCGCCCUGCUGUCAGCACCCUCCCACCUCAGCCCACAGACGAUAAACAGUCAGAAGACCUACAGCCUGACACAGUUCUCACAGUCCAGGCCCCUGGAGAAACACCAAUUCAAAUCACUACCGCCGUCACCCCAAACACACGCCCAGAGGUGGAUGAGAGUAACGGGAAGUUGCUGCUGAGCUGUCGCCAUCUAGUGGAGGCUUUGAACUAUCAUAAUAGAGAAUGGAAUGCAAUCUGUAACAGACAGAAAAAAGAUCCAGAAAGGAUUGUCUGGUACAAGGACACCCAGGAGCACCCAGCCUAGCUGUGUGAGAAACCCAAAGCAUAUAUAAAUACAUACAACACAUGCCUACAUGCACAUUAAAACAAGUAAAGAUGGACAACUUUUUGAGUCCCGUUCACACACAUACACACUGCACUCAGGAUGAUGUCUUCACGCAAAGCCACAUUGAGACACUUUGGACUAACUCCUCUGAGAUCUUACAGCAAUGGACUUUUUAUAACGCCUUACAGAGAGCCUGCCUUAAUUAAUCAGACGUGUUUUCAUCACCUCUCAUUACCAUUUUUUUUAGCUUGUAUGUGUAGAGCUGGUCUUUUUUUUUUUUUU